UGGAAAAGGUACGCAGCGCUACGCCUGAAGUCCGUCAUCUAUUCGACUCGCAGAACCUCCCCCCUACCACAAGUUUAAGUCCUACCAUAUACAACCUCCCAACGUCGGAACCAGCAACGCGCAGCGCAAGACCGAGCCCAAUCUACAAUACUACUCCAAAAGCAAACCCCUCGUCGCAUUCGUCCACCGAGAAAAACCAUGGCCGCCAUUAUCGACGCCGACGACGUGAUGGAGCCCACCCUCCAGUCCAUCCUCGACCAGAAGUCACUGCGCUGGAUCUUCGUCGGCGGCAAGGGCGGUGUUGGCAAGACCACUACCUCGUGCUCCCUCGCCAUCCAGCUCGCCAAGGCCCGCAGGUCGGUCCUCCUCAUCUCCACCGACCCGGCGCACAACUUGUCCGACGCCUUCAACCAGAAGUUCGGCAAGGAGGCCCGCCUCAUCGACGGCUUCACCAACCUCAGCGCCAUGGAGAUCGACCCCAACGGCAGCAUGCAGGACCUGCUCGCCGGCCAGGCCGACGAGGUGGACGCCAUGAGCGGCGGUCUCGGCGGCAUGAUGCAGGACCUCGCCUUUGCCAUCCCCGGUAUCGACGAAGCUAUGUCGUUCGCCGAGGUUCUCAAGCAGGUCAAGUCCAUGUCUUACGAAACAAUCAUCUUCGACACCGCCCCGACCGGCCACACCCUCCGCUUCCUUUCCUUCCCCAGCGUCCUCGAAAAGGCCCUCGCCAAGGUCUCCCAGCUGAGCUCGCAGUACGGGCCCCUCCUCAACGGCUUCCUCGGCUCCGGCGGCCAGCUGCCCAACGGCCAGAACCUUAACGAGAUGAUGGAGAAGCUCGAGACGCUGCGCGAGACCAUCUCCGAGGUCAACACCCAGUUCAAGGACGAGAACCUGACCACCUUCGUCUGCGUCUGCAUCCCCGAGUUCCUCUCGCUCUACGAGACGGAGCGCAUGAUCCAGGAGCUCGCCAACUACGGCAUCGACACCCACAGCAUCGUCGUCAACCAGCUGCUCUUCCCCAAGAAGGGCAGCAACUGCGACCAGUGCACCGCCCGCCGCAGGAUGCAGAAGAAGUACCUCGAGCAGAUCGAGGAGCUGUACGACGAGUUCAACGUCGUCAAGAUGCCCUUGCUGGUCGAGGAGGUCCGCGGCAAGGAGAAGCUCGAGAAGUUCAGCGAGAUGCUCACGACCCCGUACGCUCCUCCCGAGAUGGACGCAUGAGUGACAUGUUCCGGCGUGGAGAUUCUUUUCCUAUCAAAACAAGAAGAGAAAGCGGAUUUGACUAUGAAACUUUGCUUAUGACGGGAUGGGUAGCAGCGGCGUCAAGAGUCACGAGAGGGAAGAGACAUAGAAUACAUUCACAAAAAAACGAUUGAUACCCGGUGAUGCGUGU